AUGGACGAUCUUCCACCGGGAUCCCGUCUCGCGGUUGUCCGCUCUCAAGUUGCGAUUAACUCUGAAUCGGACGAAUCUGGACCUACCACUCCUACAAACACAGAUACUGCAAACACUGAUGUCGCAAAUACUGAUGUCGCAAACACUGAUAUUGCAAACACGGACACCGAACCAUUCCCUGAGUACGACGAGUCCGAGCGUGAGCUCCUUGCAUCUUCUAUCGCAGCUGAGAAACAUCUCGAGGAAGCAUGGUUCUAUGCUCUCAACAAAACUGCCCAGCAAGAGAUCCGCAUACUCUAUGUCGACCCCAACAUCAUCCCGUAUUUCAAAAGUGACCCGUCUCAGCGCAGCCAAGCUGUCCUCGAACAGCUGCGAAACAUUCUCGCCGAGCCACAAAUGCGUUCUAAGAUCCGCGAGAAAUUCAUCACUAUCAUCAACGCCACCCUUCAGUCCAAUCUCGUCAUCUUCCACCAAAGCCCGGAGUUUUUAGCUCCCAAAGAAAUCAAACAUGGAAAACGUCACCUCGAUACAAUUCUCAAACACAUCGAAUUCAUGGAAGACAUGCUUAAAGAGCAGCUAAAGACUGCUCAGCGGGUUUCUUAUGCUCUGGAGGGUAUCUCAGCCGAGGUUAGCUCUGCCUACGAGCGACUUCGCAAAAUGGCGACUGUGGUUGUGAAGAAUAUGAAAAAGCCCCGUCAGCUUGAACAACGACUGCUUGCUUUGUACAUGGAUAUGUACGAGGAAUGGAUCCACACUCCUUUCCUCCGUCUGCGCCAGCGUCAACUCCUGGAUGAGGAACCCCCUAACUUCCCACGCACGAAGAUCUCACGUCAGGUCCUUAUCGUCUGGGAGAUCGUCAACCGGUGCAUCGAAAUUUACCGUACCUUGACCUGGAUCACUCUCGAGAUCAAACGCAAGUACUUCGCGCCAGUGAUGGGAUAUCUUUGUGACUCGCCAGACACCUGGGAAAAAUGCUGGGAGCAAUACCAGGCAAUCGAAAAGGACCAGCACAACCCAGUCGAGCAGGAUUUGUCUCAAUAUGCCACCAUCUGA